AUGGACAUGCGUGGCGUGGAAUACGUGAAGGCAAAGAUGCCAAAACUUGGAUUGGGAACAUGGCAGGUCCGCAAUGAGAGCAUUCCAGCAGCAGUUGAUGCGGCAUUGGCCUCGGGAUAUCGUUUUAUCGACACGGCGCAGAUUUAUGGUAACGAGGCAGCGAUUGGAAAGGCACUGAAGGAGGCGCUACCAAAGUACAAUCUCCAGCGUGCCGAUAUUUUCAUCACCUCGAAGUUGGCACCGGCAAAUCAGGGACCCGGCGCCGAGAAAGCGAUUGAACAGAGUCUAAAGAAUCUCCAAACCGACUACUUGGAUCUGCUGAUUAUCCACUGGCCAGGCUCAUCCAAUCCCUCAGAAUCACCAAAGAACAAGCAACUGCGAAAGCAAAGCUGGGAGACGAUGGAAAAGUUUUACGACGAGGGCAAGCUCAAGGCGAUCGGCGUCUCAAAUUACACGGAACGACAUUUGCAAGAGUUGCUUGGACAUGCAAAGGUUCAUCCGGCCGUCAACCAGUGUGAAUAUCACGUCCACUAUCAAACAAACAGCCUUGUGGAUUAUUGCAAGAAGAACCAGAUCCACUUCCAGUCCAAACCCUGGCCGACAAAGCGUUUUACCGGAAAAUCCAAUUGUCAAAAUGCAACCGCGGACUCGAUUGUGGCCGUUACGGCGAUUAUCAACUGCACAACCGUUCCGCAAUGUUUGCGGUAUUCAAUGUCGAGAGUCGCGAGAUGCCGGUUUUGCUGGCAACUCGAGCCGAGCGAGUACAGCUGCACACACACUUCGAAUUGCUCGACGACCAGCGCCGAGUUGGUGCCGGUGUUGUGCUCGGCUCAUCAAGAUGUUCUGUGCAUGGGCAAUCGUCACUUUUACAAGAAGUCCAGAUGCAACUGGACUUCCGGUCACAGCUGGGCGAAGGCGCUUUUCUUAUCGAUUACGCUGGGCGGAUUUGGAGUAGACCGUUUCUAUCUGGGCCUCUGGAAAUCGGGCAUCGGAAAGUUGUUCUCGUUUGGCGGGCUCGGCAUUUGGACGAUAAUCGACAUCAUCUUGAUCGCCGUCGGAUAUAUACGGCCGUCUGACGGAUCGCAUUAUGUG